AUGGCACUGCAGUUCCCAGUCGCGGCGCUACCGCUGGCAGCGGCGUUAGUGCGAACCGCGGCGUUGGCGCGAGCAGCGGCGUUAGCGUCAGAGGCGUCGCUAGCGCUGGUAACGUCGUCACUGCCGUUGGAAAUGGUGCUGCCUUUGGAUCCGCUGUUUUCGGGUCUGCUGUUUAGUGUGCAAGGGGCGGCGGGGGAAGGUGUAUCCACUCCUACUAUGGAUAGUAGUGGAAGAGUGUUGAUGCAGCAUUUGGGGUUAAGGGCUGCUGCUGCUCCUCAGUUCUCCCCAGUUCAGUCACGAGGCUCGGCAACAGGUGCAGCCUCGAGGGCAGGUCCGGGAACAGGCUCGUCAACAGGUUCGGGGUUGAAGGGGGGAGGGGGAGGGGGAGUUGGGCGACCUGCGCGGACCGUGUCCGCCAUUCCGCGGAUGGAGGGGCUCGGGGGAAGCAGCCCUGGGGGGAACGCCCUUAGGGGGAACAUCUCUGGCGCGGGGCCAUUGCUCUCCCCCACCAAUGCGGGGUUUCCCCAGUUGGCGCAGGUUGGGGAAGAGGGGGAACGAGGGGAGGGGGAGGCGGCGGAUUUGCCCAUGCUGCCAGCCCCGGGAUUGCCUCAAGUCGUGCAGUGCCAGCACUGCGGGCAGCUUCUUGAGAUCCCGGCUGUCCUCCCGCCCACCAAGAAGGGCGUGCACAAGCUGCGCUGCGGCAAGUGCAUUGGUCUCUCGCGGUUUCGCGCCUUCACCCCACACGUGCCCCACUUGCAGCAGCAGCUGCAGCCGUUUCAGCAGCAGCAGCAGCAGCAGCAGCAGCAGCAGCAGCAGCCACAGCAGCAGGCGCAGCAGCAGCAGCAGCAGCAGCAGGUUUCUCAGCAGCAUGUCCGCUCCUCGUCUUUCUCUGCUAUCGACGCCACAAAGCAACAGCAACAGUACCUCUGCGCUCGCUCCGCUUCCACUGACUGCAAUGAAGGCAGGACUGCCAUUGUACCAAGCCCUGGGGCUGCCACUAACGGGUCUGCUUUUAAAGGGUCUGGCGGUGCCCCUGGAACCACGCCUGCUGCCGCUGCAGCAGGUUCGGGCAGAGGAAGGAGCGGCAGGGGCACCAAUUCUAGUCCCUCCAAACCUCUCAAAUCAGGUUUGGGACCUGGCAGGUCGGGAACAGGCUCGACAACAGGCCCGAGAGCAGGUUCGGGAGCAGGUUCGGCAGCAGGCACAGAUGGUCAAGGAAGGAUAGGAAGGGUUGGGAGCUCUGAGUCGCUUAGGAGCAUCAGCCCUGGAAUGCUGUCCCCUGUAGGCUCAGUAAGGGAUUCCUCUGGUAGUGAAUCUCCUGCUAGGACCUCUCCUGCAAAGGCUGCAAGCAGAGGGGGUGAAGCCAGAGCGACUAAUGCAAGUGGCAUGGUUCGAGUGGGCUCUGGGACGAGUAUUGCGGGUGGUGGUGGUGGGAUGGCUAGUACGGGGAAUAAGUUGGGUUCUGGGGGGGGUGGUGCUGGGGUAGGGAGAGGGGAUGGGAGGUUGACAUACUCGCGGUGCGUUGUGGUGAAUGGGGAGCCAAUCAGUGAUGACCACGUGGCAGCUGCGGAGGAACGUGCGGGGCCCAUCCAGCCUGGGAACUACUGGUACGACCAAGUAGCAGGUUUCUGGGGCCAAAUGGGAGGGCCCUGCCUUGGGAUGAUCCCGCCUGGGAUUGAGCUCGGUCCCGCCCUCCCAAAAACCUGCUCUGGAGGCGACACCAAGGUGUAUGUGAAUGCGAGGGAGCUGCAUCGCAAGGACCUGGAUAGACUCGUGAAGAGAGGGCUGCCGCUGACAGACAACAUGGCGUACCGAGUGGAGGCGAACGGGAAUGUGUUUGACAGUCUCAGCGGGGAGUUCCUGGUCAACCUUGGGAAGCUCGCGCCAUCGUGA